AUGGAGUCUCCGUCGUGUUACUCACCGGUGACCAGCGUGGGUCGCUGGGAGGGCAACCUGGGUCCAAGAAAGCACACGGUGCUCGGACUUGUCUGUGUCGUGUGCGGAGACACCAGCUCCGGGAAGCACUAUGGAAUUCUCGCCUGCAACGGAUGCUCCGGAUUUUUUAAACGAUCUGUACGACGGAAAUUAAUUUACAGAUGUCAAGCUGGUACUGGACGUUGUAUUGUUGAUAAAGCUCACAGAAAUCAAUGUCAGGCAUGUAGACUUAAAAAGUGCUUAACCUGUGGGAUGAAUAAAGACGUAAUAAUAUUAAAAAAUAUUGCUGUACAGAAUGAAAGGCAGCCCCGGAACACAGCAACAAUUCGGCCAGAGGCUUUGCACGAUUUACACGGCGAACAAGGACGAGUUUUGCGAGAGGCGGCGGUUGCUGUUGGCGUUUUUGGACCGCCUGCAAGCCUGGCCAGCAUGAGCCUGCAGACGGGCCGAUACAGCGCCACGAGUAUAUUGUCGCCUGCGAUGUACUCGGCAAAUUGCACGCGGGCGUCGCUCGCUCCGGAGCCGAGUCUAUCCUCCGGUAGCUCAUCCACGCCACCUCCCCGGAACGCUUUCGAUAAUCCGCCGACGCGAUCGUCGAAUGCUGAUUUCGACGCCGACGACGAUAGUAUAGAUGUAACGAAUGAGCCGUCGCAGUCACCUGUGCAGGAGCUGCGGGCGUCCAGCGGCUACCCGGUGUCCACCAGCGGGCUUCUGCAGCCGCUCUGCACGCCCGCCCAGGAAACGCUGUACGAGACCUCGGCGCGUUUACUAUUUAUGGCCGUGAAAUGGGCGAAAAAUCUGCCUUCGUUUGCCAGCCUCCCUUUUAGAGAUCAGGUCAUAUUAUUGGAAGAAUCUUGGGCGGAGUUGUUCUUACUGAAUGCCGUGCAGUGGUGUCUGCCGAUGGAUCCGUCCUGCAGCACCCUUUUCAACGUCGCUGAUCACACAGGCCUAACUGAUCACGAUCCUCUUAAACAAUCACAGAUUGCGCAAGAAGUUCGCUAUUUGAAUGAUACUUUGUGUCGUUUUAAAACGAUGCUUGUGGAUCCGGCGGAGUUUGCUUGUUUGAAGGCAAUUGCUCUAUUUCGAUCCGAAACGAGAGGACUCAAAGAUCCAGCACAAAUAGAAAAUUUACAAGAUCAGGCACAAGUAAUGCUGUCUCAGCACGCUCGGUCGCAGUUGCCGGGUCAGCCCGCUCGCUUCGGGCGUUUGCUCCUCAUGCUGCCGCUUCUGCGGAUCGUUCCUUCGCACCGCAUCGAGGCGAUAUUCUUCCAGCGCACCAUCGGAAACACGCCCAUGGAGAAAGUACUAUGCGAUAUGUACAAGAAUUAG